AUGUGCCUCUCUUUUUUCUUUAUAGAACAAGCCGAGGAGGUUAUCGAUGACAUUAAAGGGAACGAGGGCAAUGGAAAAAAGCGACAAGCAUACCGUGAUAUUACCUUAAAACUACGGUCAAAUGGAGUUGGAACUGCUGCGCACGAGAUUGGCCACGCUUUGGGCUUCUUCCGUACGCAGUCAAGAAACGAACGAGACAGUUUCGUCACGCUUUAUACACAAAACUUCAUGGAGCGGAAUGCGAUGGAUACAAAGAAACUUCUCGAGCAAAUGCACGAAAUGGAGGAUGAAAUAAAUGAUGAGCUCAGUUUAACUGAAGAGCGGAAUGCUGAGUUAUCGAAUGAGAUGAAGAAUUAUGUCGAAGUCAAGAAGGACCACAUUAAAGCAGCGGGUGAUACAAUCGAAGAAAUCAACCAGAAAUCCAAUGUCGACACUGCGCUGUUUCAAGGAGACAUGCUCCUCACUAAAGAACAAGCCGAGGAGGUUAUUGAUGAUAUUAAAGGGAACGAGGGCAAUCGCAAUAAGCGACAAGCAUACCGUGACGGAUACUAUCCUAGAACGCUGUGGUCAAAUGGAGUGUAUUACUCCUUCCAUCGAACCACAAGCAGAGAAGCAAGAAGUGUAUUCAAGAAAGCUGCGGCGGCCUGGCAGAGCGAAACUUGCAUUAAUUUCUCGGAAAGCAACACAGGUCUGAUAAUGACAGAAAUCGUUAAAACGUUAGAAUUCAAGGAUUACAUAAUGAAGAAAUUUCAAGCAUCGAGUAGAAUAGUCCUUAUCAAAGCAAAUGGCUGCUGGUCCAUGGAUGGCUGGUUGUCUCAAUUCACAAAACAAAGCCAAAGGUCUAACUACAACUAUAACCUAACCUACGAUUACGGAAGUGUUAUGCAUUACGGUGCAACGAGUGUCUCGAAGAAUAACAAGCCGAUUAUGGUGCCACGCGAUGUUAAAUAUACGCAAACCCUUGGAUCACCAAUAAUUUCAUUCUAUGAGAAACUUAUGAUGAACAUGCACUAUAAAUGCCUAGAUAAAUGCAAUGCACCGUCCUCAGCUACUUGUAAAAACGGUGGGUUCCCCCACCCAAGGACCUGCACUAGAUGCAUCUGUCCUAGCGGCUAUGGUGGAAAUCUUUGCGAUAGCAGAGUAAAAAAUUCUCACUUAAACCACUCCUCUCUUGGAGUUCAUGCAAAUGCACCAGCUGGAUCCAAAAUUGAAGUUGUGCUCGAAAACUAUACGAGGGGCUUUGCUAUCGACGGUUGCACAUAUGCAGGAGUGGAGAUUAAAACAGGAAGCGAUAAGCGUCAUACUGGUUACAGGCAAGCGUCAAACUCUCAGAAAGUUAACUCCUUUAAGUCGCUUUUAUGUAUCGAAAUGUUCAGGUUCUGCGCUUUGGAAAAUGUCGGGACAUCUUUGGUUUCUACUCACAACAUCGUGCCUGUGAUUACUUACAGCAGAUCCCGUGCUGCGACAACCGUUUUACGUUAUCGAAUUAGUAACGUUAUAUGA